AGAGAGUCUGCCUUCGUCUCCCGAGCGCCACAAAGCAUGGCCUGGCCGUGGAGUGCUGCCCCCGCUGCCUCACCCUCUGCAGAGCCCGACCUCGAUGGCCCCACGAGGCCCAGCCCACAGCACUCCAAGGAGGAGGAGGAAGAGGACAGCCCAGCCUGGGAGCGCGCCCUGAGCAGCGGCCUCUGAUCCCGCGGCCAAGCAGAAGGGAGCCGGGGACAGGCUGAGGGGCCUCAGGGACCGCCAGCCUCGCUCCCGGCUCGGCUGCAAGAUGUGGACAGCCCUCCUGCUCGUUUGGAUUUCCUCCUUGUCCUUGUCCGAGAGCCAGGUGGCGCCCAGCGACCCACGCUACUUGCACCCUAAUGAGAUGGGGGGAAGGUUAGUCAGGAAAAACCUACCGUCGGAAACUACCAAUAACAAAACAUCUGAGGCGACGCCCACGGUGACAGCUUCUGUCCCGGUGACCCAAGGGACUUUGGUGGGCAAGCUCAACACUACUGAAGUCCCAGCUGAGGAAACAAACAGGACACAUGGGGCGACUCCCACCACUGCAGGAGGCCUGACUCCCGGCACAGCCUCCAGGGUCUCCGCGACACGUGUGCCCACGUCCACACGACGGGCCCCCCCGGACACCGCCGCUGGGCUUCCGAGUCUCGGCACACCCCAUGCACCAGUGCCAAGGGCCAGCGCCUUGCCGAGGACAUCCGCCCCAGUGACACUGGCCACGCCCGCUCAGACGGUGGCCGCGACGACGGCAGAUGCAGGCCGGCCCACGGGCCCUCGUGAGCCUUCCGAGCACAGUCCCGGGGCCUCCACAGCAAGCCCCACGCCCCCCAUGAGGCCCCCGACGCAGGGUCCCACUGCCCAGCGUUCCACAGACCAGACUGUGCGUGAUACAAGUAGGCUCACGUCCACCCCCUCAAGCUCGACCCCCGAGCCCACCACCACCCCCUCCGUGGCUUUGGUGUCCUCGACAGCGGUGACCACCACCCAAGCACAAGCCGAGGCGCCCGCGGCCAGCACAGUGCCAGCACCUCCCACCAGCCCAGCCCCUGGGGUGGAGGCCACGCCCCCCACGACACCACCAAGCCCUGCGCCAUCCACCUGGGGCGCCGACAGGCCGGGCAUGGCCCAGACACCCGAGCAGGACACCAAAGCCCCUCUGGGUCCUGCUUCCUCCGGGCCAGCGCCCGGGAGCUCAGGGGCCCCGAGGAUGCCGGCCACGGACCCAUGUCAGCUCAGCACCCCAGGGCAGUACCUGCUGGUCACCACCCAGCCCCUGGCCGAGUCCACGGUGGACAAGACUUUCCUCCUGGCCGUGCUCUUGCUGGGUGUGACCCUUUUCAUCACGGUCCUGGUCCUGUUUGCCCUGCAGGCCUACGAGAGCUACAAGAAGAAGGACUACACCCAGGUGGACUACCUGAUCAACGGCAUGUAUGCGGACUCGGAGAUGUGAGCGGGCGGCUGGGCCCUGCCUCCUCGUGCCUCCGAGACCGAUCCAAGUGCUUCCAGAUCCUUCCGGUGCAGCUUAGGAGAUCCGCCAGAUGCUUCCACACAUUUAACUGCUGUCAGAUGAACUUGUGAGCACUAAAGAGUUGCUGCUUUUUUCAUAUUUAUUUUUGUAAACGACCUGGGGCGGGGCGGGCGGGGCAGUAGGCCCUGGAGCUCCUGGGUGUUGGGUGCUGACCGGAUUAAAGCAAUGACCGCCC